UACACUUGGCCUUGUUGAAUGUCAUGAGAUUGGCCUAGGCACACCUCUGCAGCCUGUCCAGCUCCUUCUAGAUGGCAUCCCUGCCCUCUAGCAAGUUGACUGUGCCACACAGCCCAGCCAUUAUCCCACCUUUGAAGCAGGAAUACAAUCCAGGUUGUGAUUUCCCCUAGAAAAACAGCCUGUUAGAGAUUCACCAUGCAGCUGAGAGUUAACAAGCACCUGUGAUAAAUCCAAGCUAUUCAUACCAGCCCCAGCACUGUAGUGACAAGCAAAAGCAAUGCAACAAAGUUACUCCAGGAAGGUUUUUUUAUGGGUAAAAGGCUGGAAUUGCUACUGUGGGAUUUUUUUUUUGUUUUUAAGUGAAAGCUUUAUUUCUGCAGGAUUUGAUUAGGAAGCCAGAUACAUCCAUCAGGAAAGACAUUAUUUCAACACCUCUGAGCUCCAGGCUGCCUCUAAUACUGUGGACAAAAGAGCAUAAAGGGGGACGCCCUGCAUGUGUGGCCACAGAUAGGCAGGAGACUGCAGAGCCUGUGCCUGCCGGGCCAUGGUGAGCGCUGACAGCUGUGGGAAGAGACCAUGAACUUCAACGUCUGGAAUAUCAAGGAGAUGCUGAGCACACCAGCACCCAUGGGGCCUAACAAGGUUUUGAGCCAGAGCAGCGCUCCCAGCGACUACUCGAGUUUGAGCGAUUCUCAGCUGCUCUUUGGCUCCCAGUUCUGCCCAGAGAAUGUGCAGUCAGCAGCAGCACCGCUGGAGCAGGGUAUGCAGCUGUCACAGCACAACUCCAAGGAUAGCAAGCCCAGUAUUUUCAGCAAAUACCAGGCAAAACCACAGUUAUUUGAUGAAGAUACAAGAGAAAAAGGUUCGCUUAACUUUGGCUCAGGAAGAGUGAAAAAUGUGCUGGAAAGUUUUGAAGUGAAUAAGAACAAAAUAAAGGACAAAUAUGAUCGUGAGGUUUUAAGCACCUCUAUUUCCAGUAUCAAAGACAGGCUUCAAGAGCUGCAAGCAUGCUUGGACAAGUUAGAAGAAAUGCUUGACUCAAGAAGUAAAUCCAUUUUGGUUCACCUAGAAACCAUUUCCAAGACAUGCUUGAAGGAUGGGAGGGGGCUGGCAGGAUCCCCAGACCCCUGCCCUUGGAUUGCAAGUAGCCCUUGGGUCUAGCCAUAGAGUUCUAAAAGGCCUACUCGUGCACUCUGUUACAAAGGCAUUCUGCAAGCCGUAGCUUUCCCCUGGCAGUUUGUAAAAAACAAGUCUAAAUCUGUCACAGCAAAAAAUGAAAAGCUUUAAAAUGUCAGUGAGGGAGCAGGGCCAGCCAAAUUGCCUACAACAGCAGAGAGCUGAUUAGUUGAAAUAUGUGCAAAUAAUCCUCAGAUAUCAGCCAUGCUCCUGCAAAGAACAGGCCAAGCCGUGUGGUAAUGAGUAUCCUGGCUAAAUGGAGACACUCCCCAUAGCCCAGGUCUGGAAGCUGGUUUAACUUGGUGCACUCGAGGAAGACAGACACACAGACAACUGCAGGAUUCCUUCUCCCAGAUGACAGCAGGGUGCCAUGUGCCCAAGCAUUGCUUCUUCAGAGAAAGGCAAAAGCAGUUAAAAAUAGGAUCUGGCCCAGGGAUUCACUGCUGCCAGGAUGCAUACUCCCUCCUGUCCCUCCAACAGCAGCCUCCACACUUCAGAGCAGCACCUCAGCACCAGGCUGCCAGACACCUCUGCUUUGCGUGGCUGAAUAAGCCAAACGUUUUCAAUCUCCUUUCAUAAGAGGAGAUUAUCACCUAAGCACUUAAUUGUCUUGCAGCUUGUCUCUGCACGUGUCCCAGCUCAAUCUCUUUUUGGCCAGAGAGCCAGGACCCUUUAUGGGCUUCCGGACACCCUGGGGUGCACAGCUGUUGCCACCAGCUGGAGCCUGAGCACAGCCACACACCACAUUGCCCUGUCUCACCUUUAGCCCCUGGCAUUUGCACCAUUGUGUCACCUCCUAA